AUGGCUUCCAUAACCCCUAUUGCCGUUAUCGGCAUCGGAUGCAGACUUCCAGGAGGUGUCGGAAGCCCGGAAGAUCUCUGGGAUCUCCUCAGCGAAGGCCGGACAGGUCUUUCGGAGAUCCCCGCUGACCGUUGGAACGUCGACGCCUUCUAUCACCCCGAUCCAGAGGCAAGGGAAGCCCUCAACACUAGGAAAGGAUAUUUCCUGAAACAGAAUGUUGCAGAAUUCGACGCCAGAUUCUUUGGCUUCUCUACGGCGGAAGCCGAGCAAACUGAUCCGCAACAGCGCCUUGUGCUUGAGACUACAUAUGAAGCGCUCGAGAAUGCCGGAAUCCCGUUGGAGACCCUCAAAGGCUCAGACACUUCUGUUUUCAUUUCAGUAUUUGCUCGAGACUACGACCGUAUGACGUGGAAAGACCUGCCUAACGUUCAGAAACACGCUAUCACCGGCAAUGGCGAGGCGAUCCUAGCCGCUAGGAUUUCUUAUGUUUUUGAUCUAAGGGGAGGCGCGAUGACUAUCGACACCGGUUGCUCCGGGAGCUUGGUAGCAGUGCACCAAGCGUGUCUUUCCUUGAGAAGCGGAGAGUCACGCAUGGCUAUUGCUGGAGGGACCGAGUUGUUACUCCACCCCGAUCAGUUUGUUCCCUGGAGUUAUAACGGGAUGGCGAAUCCGGAAGGACAAUGCUUUGCCUUUGAUAGCCGAGGUGCUGGGUAUGGGCGCGGCGAGGGUGUGGGCACUGUUAUCCUCAAGCGUCUAAGUGACGCUAUCCAGGACGGAGACCCAAUCCAUUCGGUAAUCCUAAACUCGGGCAUAAAUCAAGACGGGAAGACUGCUGGAAUUCUUCUCCCCAAUGCCGAGGCUCAGUCUGCAUUGGUAAAGCAUGUCUACCAGUCCGCAGGGCUUGAUCCAGCGAAUACUCUGUAUGUUGAGGCUCACGGGACAGGCACACAAGCGGGCGAUAAGGCGGAGAUCCACUCAAUAGCGGAGGCCAUCUCGAAGGAAAGACCAAGCCAGGAUCUCUAUGUUGGCUCUGUGAAAGCAAAUAUCGGACAUCUGGAGGCGUCUAGUGGUAUUGCGGGCUUUAUCAAGGCUGUUAUGGUGCUGAAGAAGGGCCAGAUCCCACCUCAGCCAAACUUCGAAAAUGAGAAGCCAGGCCUGAAUUUGAAAGCGAGAGGAAUCAAGAUACCCACUGAGCUUACGCCCUUGUUACCAAGGGGCUAUGCCGGCCCCCAACGAGUGUCUGUCUCCUCGUAUGGCUAUGGUGGAACCAAUGCGCACGUCGUGCUGGAGUCCAUUCACACGAUGCUGGAUCGGGAAAUGUCCGUUCGCCGUUCUCUCGUUGAACCCUUACAUAAUGGCGUAGCAAAUGGAUACACAGAGCGUCACACAAAUGGCGUUACUAACGACAGUAUUUCCCUCGUCAACAAAAGCCAGAGGGCGUUCCUUUUCCCUCUAACAGCCCACGCCGAAGCGGCGCUAAAGGCCCUUCCCUCCAAUAUGAUGCAAUGGAUGGCAACCGGUAAAAGGACUCAAGAGGACCUUGGGAGUCUUUCAUACACCCUGUGUUGUCGACGAUCUUUGUUUCGAUGGAGAAGUGCCAUUGUUGCCUCAACAGUCCAGGAGUUACAAGACACACUGGCUGCACCACUGCAGAAGUCACGAGCGGCUACCUCGACUACGCUAAGUUUUGUCUUCACGGGGCAAGGGGCUCAGUGGCAUGCUAUGGGCAGAGAGCUUAUCUCAACGUCAUCCAUAUUCCGAACCUCAUUGGAGGAUUCCAAUACCAUUUUGAAGGAGCAUGGCUGCUCUUGGGACCUCUUGGCUGAACUUCAAAGGGACGAGCAAAAGUCUCGUGUUGGAACAGGGGAGCUUGCACAGCCGAUAACAACAGCUAUUCAGAUCGCCUUGGUGGACCUGUUCGCCAUUGCUGAUAUUAUCCCGGAUAAGGUCGUUGGUCAUAGCUCUGGCGAGAUUGCUGCCGCCUACGCCGCCGGACGGUUAGAUCGGUGCGCUGCCAUUCAAGUUGCUUUUUUCCGGGGACAGUACUCAGCCCAAGCGAGGACUGCCAAUGAAGUGCCUGGGGCCAUGCUUGCCGUUGCAGGUGGGGAGAAGACUGUUGCCCCAUUACUCGACAUAGUGUCCGCGAGUGGCAAGGGGCGGCUCUCAGUCGCUUGCGUCAACAGUCCAGACAGUGUGACUGUUUCAGGAGAUGCCACUGCAAUCCGAGAGCUAGAGAGAAUGAUGGAGGUUGAAGUUCGCUUGCAGACUCGAGCUCUCAAGGUUGACACUGCCUACCACUCCUAUCAUAUGGAAAAGGUCGCCUCCGCCUAUCUUUCCUCCCUUCAAGGGGUGAAGUGGAUCGAGAAGCCUGCAUCGGAAGUCACUUUCUACUCGGCCGUCACGGGAGGCAUCAAGAAUUCUAACUUUGGUGCGGAGUAUUGGACUGAGAAUUUGGUGUCUCAAGUUCGGUUCAGCCAAGCACUCGAAACUAUGGCUUCUGACCUCAUCAAGCAUGGACCGACAACGAAAGAUCAGGCCAAUGUGUUGAUUGAGAUCGGUCCACAUUCAGCGCUCCAAGGACCGAUCCGACAGACCUUAUCCCAGUUUCCUGGUCUUACGUACACUUACUGCCCGUCGCUCGUCAGGAAGAAGGAGGCAGAUAGGACUGUUCUGUCAACUGCUGCUCGGCUAUUUGAACUCGGGCUUCCGGUCAGACUGGAGCGUCUUGUUAGUCUACAGGAUGAUGAUACUCCCAGGCGCUGCCUCAGCGAUCUACCACCGUAUCCCUGGGAUCAUUCUCGACAGUAUUGGCGGGAGUCGAGGUUGAGCCGAGAUCACCGAUUGCGCCAAUUCCCUUAUCACGAUCUCCUCGGGCUUCUAGAUGUCAUGAGUCCACUCAAGGAACCACGCUGGAGGUACCACAUUGGUGUGGCGCGCCUCCCAUGGCUGAACCACCAUGUGGUCGAGCGACAGGUCAUUUGGCCUGGGACUGGAUAUAUGUGUAUGGCCAUUGAGGCCAUGAAGCAGCUUGUGCGACUGCGCAGCCCGGAAAGCACGGUUGUAAACCUUACUAUGAAGGACUUUGAGGUUGCGAAAGCAGUCAUCGUCCCCAGCGAGCAAUUUGACGGGCACAGCUCUGAGGUCGAGGUCCAGCUCAUCCUGUCAUCUGCCGAGAAUGCCAGUGAAGACAGUGGCUGGGAAUCUCUCCGAAUCAUGUCCGCACUGCCCGACGGCUCAUGGGCGCAAAACUUCUCGGGGAUGAUCCGCGCCGAUUUAUCGUCUAUUGGCAACCUAGGAGAGACUGAAUGGGCUGCAGACGACAGCAUCACUCACUUAGCACAGUCUCUCGAGGACCUCAAGAGGAUCCGUUCACAGGCCACCACCCAGGUCGAUCCAAACACUCUGUAUUCAGCCAUGGCAGCAGCGGGCAAUGAAUUUGGCCCGAGCUUCAUGUCACUGAAGGAAGUCAGCAUUGGUAAGCGAGUCGGCUUUGCAAAGAUGAUUGUGCCAGACAUCGGUCUCUACAUGCCCCGGUCUGUGUACCAACCACAUACCAUUCACCCAGCCGUCCUCGAUGUUCCAAAUCACGUCAUGGGUCUGUUAUUCUACGAAGAGUGCUGCAAGGCAGCGGUCAUGCCUACCACUACAUCAGAGUUCAGUAUCUCAACCGAAGUUACCAUCAACCCCAGCGAUGAAUUGCUCAUCGCUUGUGAGAUCAUGCCUGAGGGCAAAAGGUCUGCUCAAGGCAAAACAUGGCUUUUCAAGGAACUUGACAACGGCCAAAGGAUUGGCCUUAUCUGUGCUACCGACUCGAUACGGUUGCGUGCUGUCGGCGAAGAGGCCAACAACGAGUCCGACAAGCCUUUCAGCCGAAAAAAGAAUUAUCGCGUGGCCUGGGGCGAUCAUAUCGAUUGUCUCACAGAGUCAGCAUAUCACGGAUUAGUGACCUCAGCAUAUGUCAAUCCAGAGGGUCGGCUCAGCAUUGGCGACCAGCUUAAGCUCAACGAUCAGGCUGCAUCGAUCUACCUCGAAAGAGCUCUGACCGAGCCAAUCUCUAGACCCAAAUCGGCAGCCCCGCAUCUUGACAUCUUUCAUGAUUGGAUUACAGACUACUUGGGCUCGUCUCGUCAGAAAACCUUGCUAGCAGGUAUAGAGACUGAGAUCGACAAAGACGAGCUGCUCCAGAGGUCUGUCGCGUCGGGUAUCGAAGGCCAAAUGCUGGCCCGGGUAGGCAAGCAUCUCCCAGCUAUCCUUCGCGGCGAACUACACUCUCUCAAUGUAAUGAUCGAAGACGACUUGUUGAACAAGUUCUACAUGGACGGGCCUUUGGAAGCUUCCAACGUGCAGGCAGCCGAAUUUGUGCGACUGCUUGCCCAUAACAAGCCGCAUAUGGCUGUGCUUGAAAUUGGAGCGGGUACUGGCGGUACCACUGCCUCAAUACUUCGAAGCCUGGACGCUUACGGCGAGUCCCUUCUCGAGAAGUACUGCUACACCGAUAUCUCUGCCGGGUUCUUCGAGCAUGCGGAGAAGAAGUUUGCCAAAUGGAGGCGGUUUCUCGACUUGAGAACUCUUGACAUCUCAAGAAAUCCGCUUGACCAAGGGUUUGAACCUAACACAUACGACCUUAUUGUGGCUUCCAAUGUCAUCCACGCGACUCCGCGUAUUUCUGCAACACUGGCACAUGUCAGAUCGCUACUAAGAACUGGGGGACGUUUUGUAUUAGUGGAGAUGACAAGACCUACUGUUGCAGAGGGGAUGAUCUUUGGAACACUCUCCGGGUGGUGGGCGUCUGAAGAUGGGCGCACAGGCUCUCCCUUACUGGCUCGAGAGGGCUGGCAUGAUGCGCUCCAGAAGGCCUCUUUUGAUGGUAUCGAGUUCGCUUCCUACGAUCACGAUGGCCCGUACCCAAGAACAUCAGUCAUCAUUUCAAAGGCGGUGGAUAUUGAACUCAGGGGCGAGCCAGAUGCUGAACUCUCGGAGGCUAUCGUGAUAGAAGGUCCUUCAAGCACACAGUCAGCUCCCUUCACCACCGCUGUUAUCUCCAAGCUAAAACAGCACGGGCUUCACUGCUCGAUUGAGAGAUGGGACCGGCUGGAGGUGCCGGUAUCCAACGCAGACAGCAAGAUCGUCAUCAUCUUGGACCACCUCGAAAAUCCCCUACUGGCUAGUCCAAAUGAUGCUGUGUUUGAAAAGAUCAGGAGGCUUCUCAUGACCAGUCAAAGAGUCUGCUGGGUUACAUAUCACGAAUCGACCGACGCGAACAUCUCCGCCAUGGGCGGCCUGGCUGUCGGCAUGGCACGGUCCAUACGGCGCGAGAAUGAACAGAUGCGGCUUAUAACGCUCAACAUCGAAGACGCCGUAGCGGAAGGCACCCUGUCUGGUCCGUCGGGCUCUGUCGCAAAGGUUGUGAGCAUCUGUCUCAACCCUGACCCCAAGACUGGCAUAGUGGACGACUCUGAGUUCGCACUUCGCCAAGGUCGCUUGAUGAUCCCGAGACUGCACGCAGAUGUGGAGUUCAAUACUUGGGCUAAUCGUGUGAAUUGCCACGGAAGAGUCGAGCCUGGAUCAUUCCAGGGCAGUGGUCCGCUCAAACUGGAGGUGCAGGUUCCGGGCCUACUCAGCAGCCUUUGCUUCACACAUGACCACGCUCCGACGCUAGCUCUGGCUGAUGACGAGAUUCAGCUGGACACAAGGGCGUUUGGUGUCAAUUUCCGGGAUGUCUUCAUAGCGCUCGGCCAGAUGCCGCCGGGAACACCUAUGGCAGGCGAGGUUGCUGGAGUCGUCACCGCCGUCGGGUCAGGAUAUUUCGUCCAAAGGACGUACAAAGUGGGCGAUCGAGUCAUCGGCCUCCUUGGAGUGCCAUAUUCGAGCCAAACAAGGGUCAAAGGAGUUCACUGUCAGCUACUGCCAGACUCAAUCAGCCUUACAGACGGUGCUUCCAUAUACACAGUCUAUUUGACGACCUUCUACAGCUUAGUGGAGGUUGCAAGGCUGGAGAUGGGACAGAUUGUUCUUAUCCACUCAGCGUCUGGAGGUGUUGGCCAGGCUGCGAUACAAAUUGCACAGCUCAUAGGCGCCGAGGUGAUCGCCACUGUGGGCAGCGUCGAGAAGCGCAACUUCAUCACAAAGGAAUACGGCAUUCCGAAAAGUCAUAUUUUGUCGUCCCGCUGGUCUCCUAACACCAUGAGGCGCAAGAUCAUGCAGUUGACUGAGAACAAGGGAGUCAAUGUGGUGCUCAAUUCAUUGGCUGGAGAGGUGCUGGCUGAAAGCUGGGACUGCCUAGCUCCCCUCGGUGUCCAUAUUGAGCUCGGGAAGACAGAUAUCUACAGGAAGAGCAGUUUGAGCAUGGCCCCAUUCGACAGAAACCUGACUUUUGCCGCAGUCGAUCUCACGGUGCUCCUUGCGACGAUCCCGAUGAAGAUGUUUACGCUCCUUGGGAGGAUACUGCAGUUAUUUGACCAACAAAAGCUGACGCCUGUACGGCCAUUGAACGUCCUUCCGAUCAACCGAAUUGAGUCGGCUUUCAGACUCAUUGCGGAGAGGAAGCACAUGGGCAAAGUGAUCCUCGAGGUACCGCAGAAUCAAGAAUCACUGGUAAACGUCGUCCUCCAACCUCCGCCUAUUUCCCAACUAUCGGCAAGCGGAACCUACCUCGUUGCUGGAGGUCUUGGUGACCUUGGCCAGAGGAUCUGCAAGCUGCUCGCUAGCUUCGGGGCGGGACACAUCGUGACACUGUCACGUAGGUCACUUGACAAGACUUCUCUCCACGAUCUGGAGGAUCAAGUCAGCAGGCUAGGUGGCAAGUUGUACGUAGUUCAAUGUGAUAUUACCGACAAAGACAGCAUCUCUCGGGUACAGGAAUAUUGUCGGAUGUCUUCAUUACCUCCAGUCCGGGGCAUCAUACACGGCGGAAUGGUCUUGAAAGAUCGGCCGUUCGCUAGUAUGAGGCUUGAGGACUGGGCUGCAGCUCUCGGACCAAAGGUUACAGGUACGAUCAACCUGAACGACACGUUCCAGUCUCCAGAGCUGGACUUCUUCAUUACUCUGUCUUCAGUCAGCGGCAUAGCAGGCAGGCUUGCCCAAGCCAACUACUCUGCCGGAAACUGUUUCCAAGACGCCUUCGUGCAUGCACAAAACGGCAGAACGCGCACGCGAUACUUCACCAUCAACAUUGGCGCGGUGACAGGUUCAAAGUCUAUCGCCUCCAUGACGGCAAGCGCAGCACAGCAAGAGCUGAUGCAAUCGGCAAGCAUGACCUUUACGGAGCUCUUCCAAGUUCUACAGUACGCCAUGGACCCUAGCACUGCCUUCGAUGGCUGCGCUCAGUCAGCCAUGGGCUUUGAUCGACUAUCGCUGCUGUCACAGGACCACUUCGCAGCCGCGAACCCCUUCUUCGGCAUGUUACCAUACACGGAAGACGCAAGCUUGAGUAAGUCUCAGGAGUCGAACCCUACGCGUGACAUCGGCAGCGCCCUACGGAAUGCUUCCUCGAUGGAUGAGGCCGUCGAGGUGAUUUCGCAAGCUAUCGGCGAGAAGUUCGUCGCUUUUAUCAACAGAGACCUUGAAGACAUCAGUUUCGAUAUGCCUCUGUCGUCUUUUGGCAUGGAUUCUUUGGUCUCUAUUGAACUGAAAAAUUGGAGUAAGUUCUCUUUUGUAAAACGUUGUCAGACUGAAUACGGUUAUUCUCUCAGUAUUAGCGCUAACGUAUCGUACUUCAAAGUGAUGCGCACCUUCAGCGUGGCCCUUCAAGCCUCGGAGCUCAAUGGGCCAGCCAGCAUCUUGGCUCUUUCUCGAACUCUCGCCACUAGGUCCACACUUCUCAAUCCUGCUGUCCGAAACAAGUCAACUCCCGACGAGCGAGCGGAAGAGCAAAACUCUGCCCCAGUUGAAGAGCCGAUAAAGCAGGAUCAAGGUCACGGGUAUGACUGUUGUCGUCAAUUCGAACAGCUUCCCAAGCAGCCUAUUCCCGACUUCGACGAAGCUAUGCAAGACCAUCUCGAAAAUGCAGGACACUUUGCUGCUGACUCAGAAGAGCUCGAGUCAUUCCGCCAGAUCCUGAACGAGUUCACUACCCACGGGAGUGUUGGCCGUCGUGUCUACGAGCAGCUUGUCAGGGAGGCUCAGGAUCCGUCUAUAGAAAAUUGGUCAGCCGACUACGUCCUCAACUCCAUUCAUGUUAACUUUCGCCACGGACUCCCUUAUUCAAGCUUUCUGCUUCUCCAGCCCGACGGAAAGUUUCCGCACUCUCAGGCUGAGCGGGCGGCCCUGCUAGCUACAGCAGCAUAUGACUGUAAGGAGGCUCUGGAGACAACAGGCCAGGUUCCUGGAAAGUGGAUGUUUGGAACGCCCCAGUGCAACCACCAGCAGGAAUGGAUGUUCGACGCUGUUCGGGAGCCUGCUAUGGGUUGCGACAUCAGCCGGAAGUAUUCAAGCAAUCAUCUUGCUGUGUUGCGGAACGGCCAUGUCUUUCGCAUUCCUUUUGUUGAGAAUGGCGUCCGGGUAUCAUACAGUCGACUCAAGAACGCCCUAGAACACAUCCUACAAACGGCAGGCGAGAAGUCCUGGGCAGGCAUACUUACCGUUGACAACAGGGACUCUUGGGCUAAGGCUAACCAGGUUAUUAUGGCGCAGAGACGGCAGGAACUGUUAGCAUUCGACGUCCGGAACGUUGCAUUCUUCAAAGCGAUUGAGGAAGCCACCCUGGUCCUCAAUUUAGACAACGGCACACCUACAAAUCUCACUGAGCAUCUCACACAAUCCAUGCUCCAUGCCGGGUUCAAUCGCUGGUGGGAUAAGGCGAUGCAAUUUGUGGUCACGGAGAAUGGCAAGUCUGCUGCCAUCUUCGAACAUUCUCGUAUUGAUGGCGUCACGCCACUUGGCUUGUUAUACCAUCUCCGCGAUGCGAUCAGUUCUCACAGGCCCUCAACUACCAAUGGCGUGGAAAGCUCAGAGAGCGGAGUGAGCAUGGUGGAAGAAUUGCAGCUUUUCACGAACGAGGAUGUUGAGUCGCAUAUCAGCAACCUCCGCAGCCGAUACACAAACAUGCUGUCGCAGCGUGAAUUCAUAACCCACACCACGAGCGAGUUUGGUAAGACCUUCCUCGUCAGUCAUAGCAUCCCUAUCAAGGGUGUGGUAGAGGCAACAAUCCAGCUAGCGAGCCGUCUUUACCACGGUGGUUGGAACCCGGAGAGCUGGGAGGGCGUGUCCCUUGCCCACUAUCACAAGGGCCGUCAUGACAUGAUCCAGACCGUGUCCAAAGUGGUCGACGACUUCUGCUCAGUUGCUACAGAUGAUUCCGUCCCAGCCUCGCAGCGCAAAGCGCUCAUGCUCAGUGCCGCGAACGACAUGAGCGCAGGUGUAAAGAAGGCAAUGGAGGGCAAGGGAUACUUCCGACUUUUCAACAUCAUCAACGCAAUAUGGCCCAAGGACGAGCCGCGGCCAGAUUAUUUCAACCAUCCGGUCAGCCGCCGUAUCGAGUCUUUUACUCUUGUCGUUACCAUGUUGGACGCUGUGGCUCCUGGAGCAGCCGCUAUGCCCGCGAAUCCUGGGUCGAUGAGAAUCAGGUACGCCGUUGGCGACGACGACAUUACCUUUGGAGUUCUUGGACCGAAGGGCAAAGUUCGCGAGUGGAGCAGGUGUUUUGAUACUGCCGCUACAAUCAUUAAAACCCUCAUUCUAUCCGGAUGA